AUGAAUAUAAAGUUAAUUUUCAUAUUUUUAGUGUUACUUGCAUAAGGAGCUUUUGGUAUAAAAAAAUAUAAUAGCAAAAGGUGUUGUAACCAAGGUGACAGAAUGCUAGGCUAAAUGUGAUAAAUAAGUGAAUGGAUGCAUAUACUCAUGUGCAUAAACUUAGUUGCGAUAAUCGUUAGUAACUUAGGAAAGAUGUUAAAAACUAUGUGCAGGAGUUAAUAAGGAAUGCAAAAAUAAAAAAUGCUACUUAGAUCCUUGA